UUGCUGCAGUUAAAGCUGUGUGUGUGCGGCUGACAUGUGACCAGCAGUUGAUCAGCAAUUGAUCAGCAGUUGAUCAGCAGUUGAUCAGUACAUUGAUCAGAUUCAGAGGACUCUUCUGGACCCUCGUCUCUCUGGAAUGUCUCCCUCUCUCCUCCUCCGUCAUCAACAAGUGUCUCGCGCACCGUUGGAGCCUUUUCAGUUGCAAAUGCUCGCGCACAGACUGAAGCUGCUCUCUCAUUGGUCCACUCACACACACUGCCUGCAUGAGAAUAGAAGAAGUUUUGGAGUGAACAGAGUUCAGUGUGAGCUGCAGGUCUGACAACAACAAGUGGUUUUCCGCCGAUCAGGAGGCAGCUGCUGAGUUUCUGGUUCUGUUCUGUCCAGUGUCACAGUGAUGACUGGCACCACCAGAGUUUAAGAGAACACACAGGUCGUCCGUUGCGGUCUGUUGGUCCUCCGUGUGUGUGUCGUGAGUAAUUAGUUAAUUUGGAUCACCCGGCGCUCCCGGUUAAACCUGCAGGGGAAGCUGGCCACAAGUCGCCAGGUGGUAGGCGACAAAGACUGUGCGCGCGUAGCGUUUGUACUGUUGCAGCCGAACUCAUCCGAACUUUGACUCCAUCUGUCCAACAUGUACAGCAUGAUGGAACACGAGCUGAAGCCGGUCGGCCAGCCCCAGUCUCAUCAGACGUCCCAGGGAAUGUCACCGGUCACCGGCAACAUGACCGGGAACAUGGGCGGCAAUGCAAACUCUCACCCGAAUUCCAAAACGGCGUGCGCACCCGGAGGCGACCCCAUGGAUAAAGUGAAGCGACCCAUGAAUGCUUUUAUGGUGUGGUCCAGAGGACAGAGGCGUAAGAUGGCUCAAGAAAACCCCAAAAUGCACAACUCCGAGAUCAGCAAGCGGCUGGGAGCGGAGUGGAAGCUCCUCACGGACGCCGAGAAGCGGCCCUUCAUUGACGAGGCCAAGCGGCUCCGGGCGGUCCACAUGAAGGAGUACCCCGACUACAAGUACAAGCCACGCCGCAAGACGAAGCCCCUGCUCAAAAAGGACACUCAGGUGGGCAAGUACCCGCUCUCCGCGGGGAACCUGCUGGCGGCGGCGGCGCAAGGCCAAGGUGGGAGUCCGAGGAUGGAGAGCUACGGCUGGGGUCCCACCGGGGGGUACGCCGGCAUGCAGGGCGAGGCGCUCGGCUACACACAGCAGCUCCACCGGUAUGAUCUAUCAGCUCUGCAGUAUCCACCUGCGAUGACGGCGGCGCAGACAUACAUGAACGGAGCCAACUCGUACAGCCCCAUGUCAUACAGCAGCAGUCCCCAGCAGCCAAGCCCUGUCACCAUGUCCAUGGUCAAAGCAGAACCAGUGUCCCACUCUCCUCCAACGGGGACACCAAACCACCACCGGGGCCCUUUGCAGGGUGACCUCAGGGACAUGAUCAGCAUGUACAUUCCUGGACCAGGAGGGGAUGCGGGCGACCCCACGACAGCACAGAGAGGCUACACUAGUGUCCAGCAGCACUACCUCACUGGAACCGUUCCACUCACUCACAUCUAGAACUCAAGUAGGAAUCAUGGCGGCAGAGGGUGAACUGAGUGGGAGGAGCAGAAAUGCUCAUGAUGCACAGCUGGCUGGAUGGGAGAUGGAGUCAGACUUUACACACCGGCAGAGCAAAGAGACACGAUGUGAAGGAAAAACCACGUCAGUAGUCUCACAGAUCCAGAUGUGCCAGACACGAGUGACUUUAUUUUUUUCUUUCUUUUUUUAUAGAAUUAAAUCUUUUUUUCUACCUCUUUGUGCCACAUCAGUUCAAAUAAAUGCCACACAUGCCACCAAAUGUACAAGGCUGAGCUCCUCCCUGCCCUCCACCCUCCAGCAGACUCUUCCUGUUUAUUGUGUAUAUAUUAGAAAAUGUUUUUUUUGUCUUUAUAUUUUUAGAACUUAUCCAUAAUAAGUCAAAAGACUAAAUACCAGCCUAAACACUUGCGACUCUGGCACCCCUGACUAGUUCCACAAUACUCCGUCAGUGCUGGGGGACUGGUCCAAUUAGCGGGUUUAGUCUUCCACUGUUUGCCCAUGGAGCCAGUCCACACAGCCUCCAACCGCAGCAGAGACCUGAUUGACGAACCGCAAACUCUGAGCUGGUGACGGACCAAUCACCUGAGCUGAAGGGCUGUGGUCUCUGGUCAUUUGUCGUUGCCAUUCUGAUGUGCGUGGAGCUGGGGAACAAGCUGCGUGCCACCAGCAGCGACGAUGGGAAGGAAUGCACAACUUGAAUGACAGCUGUUCUUCAAAUGAACUCUUUGUGCCUUGGCUUUGAUUUAGUACGCUCGUGUGUGUGUAUAUAUAUAUAUUUUUUUUUCUAUUUUUAACUGAUGAAAUCCUGUUGGAUGAGACCGAAAACACCUGUUGGACAAUCAGCACUGCAUCCACAGGACGCUCACUGAAUACACUGGCUUCUAUGAUCUGUGGUUGCUUAGACUGUAGAACCAGGCUGGUUCUACACUCAGUAGUUCUAGUGUCGACCGUCACAGAAGAUCACUGGAGUCUGGAAAGAGGUGUGACAGUUUUUGCUGCCUGUAUGAGUUUUAUUUGCUGUAAUUAGUGUUUUUUUUUUUUUUUUUUUUUUUUUUUUUUUUAAGAUCUUUUUGAUGUAAAUGUUCGGCUGCAGCAUCUGAGUCGCUUUGUGUAUUCAUGUCACUUUUGCUUUAGGCAAGAAAUGUUUUUAGGCUUUUUAAGUGAAGGGAAUUUUAAUAUGAAAUUCUACAUUUUCAGUUUGAUUCCAAACAGCUGAUUUUAAGACUUGCAGGUCAAUCUUCCACCACGUAAACUAGUUUGACAAGGCGGCCUCUCAGGCACGUUUCUUUGGAUGACCUGUCACUGUUUGUUUUCACCACGAGUAAAGAGAAUGUAUCAAAGUAAGUUUCAGAUUAAAUCUCCAGUAAACCUCC